AUGGACGGAGCCCUGGAACAGAGACGUGGGGCCCAAAACUGGACACAGCCCUCGUCCGCAGUACCACGCCGCGCUGAUCCCAGCCCUUCAUUGCACUGCAGCAUUUAUGUGCUGAAUGCACCCUUACCCUCACGCUCUUCAUGGCACAAAGCUUUUAUUUUCUCCCCUUCCUCUCCUUUCCAGUCCAAACUGGAGAACCGGGAGUACAGAGAUGCUCAGGAAUUCGCCGCCGACGUGCGACUGAUGUUUUCCAACUGCUACAAAUACAACCCUGCUGACCACGAGGUGGUGGCCAUGGCACGGAAGCUGCAGGACGUGUUUGAGAUGCGCUUCGCCAAGAUGCCGGAUGAACCGGAGGAACCGGUGAUCCCGGCCUCCUCUCCCGUGGUGGUUCCACCUCCGACCAAAGUGGUUCCCCCUUCGUCCAGCGACAGCAGCAGCGACAGCUCCUCCGACAGCGACAGCUCCUCCGACGACUCGGAAGAGGAGAGGGCUCAGCGCUUAGCGGAGCUCCAGGAGCAGCUGAAAGCAGUGCAUGAGCAGCUUGCAGCCCUGUCCCAGCCCCAGCAGAACAAACCAAAGAAAAAAGAGAAGGACAAGAAGGAGAAGAAGAAGGAGAAGCACAAAAAGAAGGAAGAGCUGGAAGACAGCAAGAAGAGUAAAGCCAAGGAACCGCCGUCCAAGAAGGCCAAGAAAAGUAACAGCAACAGCAGCACCUCCAGUAAGAAGGAGCCGGUGACGGUGAAGAACAGCAAGCCCCCUCCAGCCUACGAGUCUGAGGAGGAGGAGAAGUGUAAGCCGAUGUCCUAUGAGGAGAAGAGGCAGCUGAGCCUGGACAUUAACAAACUGCCCGGCGAAAAGCUGGGCCGAGUUGUUCACAUCAUCCAGUCGAGAGAACCCUCGCUUAAAAACUCCAAUCCCGACGAGAUUGAAAUUGACUUUGAGACGUUAAAACCUUCCACGUUACGGGAGCUGGAGAGAUACGUAACGUCGUGUUUGAGGAAGAAGAGGAAACCUCAAGCAGAGAAGGUGGAUGUAAUUGCUGGUUCCUCUAAAAUGAAGGGGUUCUCCUCCUCAGAGUCUGAGAGCACCAGCGAGUCCAGCUCCUCCGACAGUGAAGAUUCAGAAACAGAAAUGGCACCAAAACUGAAGAAGAAGGGGCACUCUGGGCGAGAGCAAAAGAAGCAUCACCACCACCACCACCAAGCGGUGCAGCAGCAGCAGCAGCAGCCGCCUCCUCCUCCUCAGCCCCCUCAGCAGCCCCCGCCGCCUCCGCCGCAGCAACUGCAGCCGCAGCAGCUGCAGCCUCAGCCUCCACCUCCGCCGCCCGUCCCCCCGCAGGCCCCGCCGCCGAUGAAGUCCUCCCCGCCUCCCUUCGUACCUGCGCAGGUCCCCGUCAUGGAGCACCCUCUCCCGGGGAACAUGUUCGACACUAUGCCGCAUUUCACUCAGCCCAUCAUGCAUCUCCCUCAGCCCGAGAUGCCGCCUCAUCUUCCCCAGCCGCCCGAGCACAGCACUCCUCCCCACCUGAACCAACACGCGGUGGUCUCGCCUCCAGGUGAGCGCAGCGGGGGGGGCUGGGGGCGCUGCUUUGGGUGCUGGAGGAGCCACGUUCAGUUCUGGGUACCUUCCAUUGAGUUCUGGAUACCCUACAUUGGGUGCUGGGGGCGCUGCCUUGGGUGCUGGAGGUGCCAUGUUGAGUUCUAGAUACCCUACAUUGGGUUCUGAGGGUCUGCUUUGAGUGCUGGAGGUGCCACUUUGAGUUCUGGAUGCCCUACAUUGGGUUCUGGAUGCCCUACAUUGGGUUCUGAGGGUCUGCUUUGGGUGCAGGGGCUGCUGCUUUGGG